UCGCAACUCUUAGGGCUCAGCCUCCUCCGGCCAAGGGACAUCAGAGAAGCUGCUAGCAGAAGCCAAGAUGAGUUUCCGCAAGGAGGACGGUGUGAGCAGCCUGUGCCAGAAGGCGCUGCACAUCAUCACCGAGCUGUGCUUCGCGGGCCAGGUGGAGUGGGACAAGUGUUCGGGCAUCUUUCCAGCCGAUAGGAGCGGCCAGGGAGGAGGUGGCACAGAUAUUUCAGUCAGCUUGUUAGCAGUUGUGGUAAGCUUCUGUGGCCUGGCCUUGCUGGUUGUCUCCCUUUUCGUCUUCUGGAAGUUGUGUUGGCCAUGCUGGAAGAAUAAGCUCGUGGCCCCCAAUGUCAGUCUCCUUCCACAAAGCAUCUCAAGUGCUCCAACUGAAGUUUUUGAGACCGAAGAGAAAAAAGAAGUGGAAGAAAAUGAAAAGCCAGCACCAAAAGCUAUUGAGCCUGCAAUAAAAAUCAGCCACACGUCCCCCGACAUCCCAGCAGAAGUGCAGACUGCGUUAAAGGAACACUUAAUUAAACACGCUCGGGUGCAAAGGCAAACAACCGAGCCUACGUCUUCUUCCCGCCACAAUUCCUUCAGGAGACACCUACCAAGGCAAAUGAACGUCUCCAGUGUCGACUUUAGCAUGGGCACUGAACCUGUCUUACAAAGAGGAGAAACAAGAACCAGCAUCGGGAGGAUAAAACCAGAGCUCUACAAGCAGAAAUCAGUUGACUCCGAGGGCAACAGGAAAGAUGACGUCAAAACCUGUGGGAAACUUAACUUUGCGCUCCAGUACGAUUAUGAAAAUGAACUCCUAGUUGUUAAAAUUAUAAAAGCUUUAGAUCUCCCAGCUAAAGAUUUCACAGGGACUUCUGAUCCUUAUGUGAAGAUCUAUCUUCUUCCAGACAGGAAGAAGAAAUUUCAGACCCGAGUGCACCGGAAGACUUUAAACCCUCUGUUUGAUGAGCUAUUUCAGUUUCCGGUGGUUUAUGAUCAGCUAAGCAACCGCAAACUACACUUUAGUAUAUAUGAUUUUGACAGAUUUUCCAGACACGACAUGAUCGGGGAAGUGAUUCUUGAUAAUUUAUUUGAAGUCUCUGAUCUCUCCAGGGAAGCCACAGUAUGGAAAGAUAUCCACUGUGCUACUACAGAAAGCAUAGACCUGGGGGAAAUCAUGUUCUCUCUUUGCUAUUUGCCAACUGCUGGCCGCAUGACCUUGACAGUGAUCAAGUGCAGAAAUCUGAAGGCAAUGGACAUUACUGGGUCAUCAGAUCCUUAUGUCAAAGUGUCUCUGAUGUGUGAGGGACGAAGACUUAAAAAACGGAAAACAACUACAAAGAAAAACACUCUCAAUCCUGUGUACAAUGAAGCCAUUAUUUUCGAUAUCCCUCCAGAGAAUGUGGACCAGGUCAGCCUGUGCAUUGCGGUCAUGGAUUACGACAGGGUUGGACACAAUGAGGUCAUAGGCGUGUGUCGAACUGGACUAGACGCUGAGGGUCUUGGGAGAGACCAUUGGAAUGAAAUGCUGGCCUAUCACAGAAAGCCAAUCACACACUGGCACCCCUUGCUGGAGUUACCUGGCCGGGCAACCAGCUUUGAUAGUCAAGGAUCCUGUUCUUCUCCCAGGCCACCAUCCACACCAUAAAAGCCUCCAAUAAGACCAUAUCACAGAAAGACCUAGAAUCACGUGCUCACUGAAUCAGAAACACAUACACACAGAAAA